UCUAAUCAAUCAAUGUGAUAAUCAUACAUGGAGGGAAGUUGUGGUAGCGACGAGUCGUCCAGAAUCAGCCUUAGGCUGUUGGUUCUUUCUGACAUUGAUGAUUUCAUGGUUUGGGUCACAGAUGAGAAAGUGGCUCGUUUCUGCACUUGGGAGCCUUAUGCUAGCAAAGAAGAGGGGCUCAACGACAUCAAGGAAAAGAUCCUCCCUCACCCCUGGUUUAGGGCAAUUUGUCUUGAUGGCAAGCCAGUCGGUUGCAUUCUAGUGAACCCGAAUUCAGGUAAUGAUCGGUGUCGAGCUGAAAUCGGCUAUUCAUUGGAGUCCAAAUUAUGGGGCAAAGGGAUUGUUACAAGGGCAGUGAAGAUGGUCGUUGAUACUAUUUUCAAGGAGUGGCCACAUUUGGAGAGACUGGAAGGUCUCGUUGAGGUGGACAAUGUGGGAUCACAAAGGGUUUUGGAGAAGGCUGGAUUUCAAAGGGAAGGUGUUUUGAGAAAGCAUUCAAUUUUGAAAGGAAGGACUGUAGAUGAUGUGAUUUACAGUAUUCUAUCCACCGAAUGUGAAAAUUGAUUGCUCUGUUCUGAACUCGGGUCUCUGUUGCUCUACGAUUGGAUCUAGACCUGGAAGCUUUGUUAGCUUCUAGGGGCUGCUGCUUCUCUUUUGAUUCCAGUUUGAAUAGUUUUGUUUUCCGGUUCAAUAAUGUCCUCUAUUGGUCGGAGUUCGUUGCGACUCAGAGAUUUUCUCCUGCGCUUCCGACUUACUCAUCGGUUGUUGCAGCUUAUUGUUGUCGUCCUUUGAGCUAGUUGGGUCUUGCUCAUCUGAUCUGUCAAAAGUUUCGGCGCAAAUGUUCAACUUUUGACUGGCUCUAUUAUCGGUCGUGUGUCCGGGAUUAUGGUCGGGGUUUUGCAUCUGUACUGAACUAUACUCUCCGUGUCAUUUUCUUUGUUUGUUGUGUUGGUCGUGUUUUUUUCUUUCUUGUGUCAUCUUAGUUUUCGAGUGAAAACCUUAGAAUUUUAUGAUCUGAUUGCUAUUAGAUCAUCUUGGUUCGAAUAAGUUGCAUCUUCGUUUAUGAAAGAAAUUUUUCUGAUAAAAAAAAUGUUAUCAAUUUAAUUGUACGU